UUUUUUUUAGUCAGAAUUUAAUACCGUUUUGGUAUUUCAUAAGAUUUGAGGUGAAGUUUGUAAGUUUAUGUGUCAGAAUUCUAAACGAUCUUGGUUUUUCGGUGACUGAAAUUACAGUUGUGGAUUGAGAAGACACCAGCAAUAAUGUCCAAACACAUUACACCAUGGAGGUGAAACGUGAGACACCGGGCAGUCUGUCGCCCGUGUGGAAGAGAGAAGGAGAAGGAACGAACCAUGCUCCAGGAGGUAGCGGCAGAUUAGAUAAGGAACACAAACUGCCACAAGAGAAGUCACCGAGCGAUGAUGGAACUGGAAAGAAAGACAGACGCCUGUCACGUGCCAGCGACUCAUCAAAGGACACUUUUGAUAGACAAGACUCGAGAGCUUCGAUAAGUCCCAAAGUCUCACGGAAAUACUUUACCAACUGGAAGCAAGCAUGUGACAAAACGAAGGAUAAGACCAAAGAGCUCCUGAAGCGCUGGAGAACCCUGCCUGAAGGUGAAUCAGCGAGUGGUCAUCCGGAGGAUAUCUGUCACGGUAGGGAUGAGGAUGCAAAACACCAUGGAUGGAGCGAACACGUAUGGACCACGUGGGUAAACCGAUGUUCCGAAGACUUAGAGUGCCUUGAUUUAGAUGAAGAGCAGCCGUUAGCCCAGCUGAGCUCAGUACAGACUGAGAAGAUGACGCUCUUCUUUACAGAGCUUCUUGAUCACGACCGGGAUGACGUCAUUAGUGAUCAGGAUUUUGAUAAUUUUUUUGAGAAGCUGGCUCAUUUUGCCGACUGGUCUCAAAACACAUCCGAAUUUCAUAUACUAAUGGAGGUGAAGAGGGAUUUUGUAGAACAAUUUAUUAAUCCAUUGCCAUCCAAGUGGUCUGAAAUCCCGUACUACCGCCGUGUGUGCGGACCAGAUGCUGGUGAAGUCCCGGGCAGAACUACCCUGGAAGGAUGGCUUGCGAGAUGGGCGCUACUUCUGGCCGACCUCAACAGAUUCUCGGAUCUGCCGCUCUAUUUGCAGUAUUUUUGCAAAAUUCUCUUCCAUGUGGUUGACAGAUGCAACGCGGGUGAUAUUACGAAGGAAGCAUUGGCAGCUUUUUAUCGUUCCGUCAUCGGGAUCGCUGCAAGCAGAGUUGAAGAGAUUAUCGAUACGGCAUUCAAUAGAAUGACGGGAAAUGGCUACCUCAUCUUGGACUACGGGGCUUACGUACAUUGUUACAUCAACUGGCUCAUGGGCAAGAACCCCAACGGACCAGGGCAGUGGGUUCUGGUCCCACCCAAGUGCCCUCUACCGCAGCCCCCAUAUCCUAUCGACUACAGCGCGCUCAACACUGAACCAGCCAAGCUUGAAACUUAUGCGCCCGAUAAGAAAACCAAUAGGCAUUCAGUCAUUGUAUAAACUAAAAUAAAAAAAAAUGUUUAGUAUUUUAUUUGAUUAACGCAAUUGUUACACAUUUAAAUACAACGCUUGCAUUAGAUUUUACGAAAAAUUUAAUUUUUUGUUUAUUUUAGCUAACCCGACGUUUCGAGAUCCUUUUUAGAAGUUUUCGCUUCUAUAGUCAAGACUACAGCGCCAUCUUUGAUAUAAAACAAGAACCAUACAAAAAACUAAUCUAAAUAUUAAAAAUUAUAUGGAAACUUAUGUCGGGGCUCCCUAAAUGAUAUGUUUUAACGAUUUUUGGCAAUUUUUGUGUUCAAUAUAUAUCUAGUAAUUUUUAUUUCUAAGGUUAUGUAAAUUAUGGUCACAGCAAAACUGCAGUGACCAUGAUUCAUGUAACCAGCCAGAAAUUCUCGACAGUUUGACAUUCGACACUAAUGAUAGAUUAGUUUGUUAACUUGACGUCUAAUUCCUUUUCACUUAGAUCGUUUAUGCAUCUAGAUAGACUGUAACAGUUAACCGAAAGUAUCAUUUAAAUCUCGAGUGUUAGACGUAGCUUAUCACGCACACUAUAGUUAUUUAUGCAACUGUUGUAUAAUAAGGGUUAUUAAAACACGAAUGUGGAUUUAUCUCACGAGGCGAAGCCGAGUGUGAUAAUAGUAUCACAUGAGUGUUUUAAUAUCUAAUUAUCAACAGUUGCAUACAAGACUUUAUCUACACCCAUAAUAUGAAUCCUCUAAAAGAUUCUGAAACAGUUAGCUUACUGCUAACAUUAAAACAGCCAGUCCUAGUAGUAACCUAAUAUCAUCUAGGUAUUACUGAUUAUAUACAAAUAAACUAAGUAUUAAUGAAAUAAUUAUUUAUUUUAGUAGUAAUUUACAUUUUGUAUAGUGAAAUAAUUAAAAUUCACUUGAAUAUUAUGUUCUUUUGGAAAUUAAUCGCUCAUUUUUUGUAAACAAAACAAUAACAAUAUCGAAGAAAAAUGGCGGGGAUUCGAAUAACCUACUUUUUUUACGGCGCGCGACGAUCUGGUGGUGUGGAACGCGCGUAAACAAAAAUGUUUUUUUUUUUGAAAUUCAUACAGAUGCCACGCAUCGAGCAAUAAAAAUGUGGCUGUCUGUUAAAACUCUUUGAGCAUGAAGGGAAUGAAAAAAAAAUAUGAGUGUUGUUAUGAAAUUCAGUACAACAUUACAACACUCUUUUGGAUGAUGUAAUGGUUAUUAGAACAUUUGGUGUUUUAAUGUUGGCAAUAAGCUAAUUGCUUCAGAUUCUUUAAUUGACGAAUUAAAGCAUAGGUGUAGAUAAAAGUAAUAAAUAAACCCAGCCUGUUUUUAUCGGUUGUCUAACAUCAAGAGACUUUAUCUAGAUGUAUAAAUUAUCUAAGUUUUUCGUAUUUUAGUUGCUAUUUCACGAUACUAACAGAACCCAGAUCUUUUCACUGUACUUCACUCGUGGUUUUGUAUAUAAAUAAAAAUUAAAAACUUACACUUACUUAUAAAAAUUCGUAGAAUGUUUAUUGAUAAAAUAUGAGUUACAAAUAAACUAAACCACAAAAAAAGUCGGUGAGUUCAUAGCAUAUUAUGUUAUGAAGAGCUUAUCUCAUCUUUCUUCAAAUUCAUACUAGUCUGACAGUCUGUUUCUUGAUUAAAAAGUGCUCUUUGACGAUUUAUAUUUAGUGGUAUAGGUAAACCUCGGUAUGUACAGUAUCGCGAGUGGAAUGCAGUCGGGGCCCCUGCUCUCCGCACGCCUCGCCUUAUAGUGUAGUGCUGUGCCGUAGUCGUUGCUUACCGUAUAAUCGCGUAAACACUAAAGUUGCGCUUCUAUAUUGUCUUUUGAUCCGAGCCCAUCAGGUUCCGGUCCGAAAAAAUCUAGUUUUUAUUCAUCACCAAGUACGAGAAAUGGAGUACACAGUUUAGACAUGUGUGUUAAAGAAAGGCAGAACAAAAAUUUUAAAUUUAAUUAUUUCAUUACCUUUUUUCAUCAUUUCUAUCUAGUGUUAAAUACUUAAGGCGUUGUUUAAAUUUAUCGACACACUCAUGAUUAUCGUCAUCAAUCAUAGUCAGGUCACAGCACUAUCGCAUUUCUGAACUCUGCAUUCAACUCGCACGUUAUCUGUUCAUAUUUCAACGCUUAGUGUGUUGCGAUAUAUUUUACUAAUUUAGUUUCACCGAUUUGAUGUAUGUGAUUGCGAAUUGCGAUGGAUGUUACCAUGUUUUGAAUACUCCUGCAGGUGACCCUAUCUGAUGCUGUAUUUAACAUUUGAAAAAAUAUCCAACUCUAAAUCUAAUAAAAAAAACCUUUUAUUGAAAAAGUUUUUUGACCAGGAAAUGAAAUCCGGUUUUGUGUAUAUAUGGGUACGUAUAAUAAAUUACUAUCGUAUCUACUAAUUGUUACUUAUAUUUAGUAAUUAGUGAAUCCGCUUAAAUGAAAAGAAACGCUUUACUUAAUGUAAAUUUUGCACACGACCAAUCUAUGUCAUUAGUUGUAACUAAAGUUAACUGUUAGUUAAUCUAUGUCAGUAGUUGUAACUAAAGUUUAACUGUAAAUAAUUAAUUUAGAGACACGGUAAGCAAGAACUGCCUUAAGAUAAGCCUCUUCACCUUCACAAGCCUUAUUUUGUACCUUAGCUAUUGUUAAUGUCUAAGUAGAAAAAUAUGAAAUAGUUGUUAGUUAAAAAAAGUAAUAAAUAUAUAAAAAGACACGGA